AAUUCACCUUCAACAGCAUCACCACUAUUAACCAACUCGAAGACUGAUUAACGGAAUCCUCACCACACGCAAAUCAACCUGCAUAGCAACAGUCAGGAUGCCCGCCACCAUCACCGUUCUCUACCCCAACGAGGCUGAUGCCAAGUACGACUUCGAGUACUACAUCAACCGCCACAUGCCUAUGGCUGCCGCGCAGUGGAAGCCGUCCGGCUGCACGGGCUGGUCCGCCAUCAAGUACCAGCCCACCCCCGAUGGAAAACAGCCCAAGUACUCCUUCGCUGGUAUCCUCGUCUUCGAGAGCGUUGACGCUAUUCACAAGGCGCUCGCUUCUGCCGAGAGCGCCGCUAUCAUGCAGGAUGUACCCAACUACAGCAACAAGGAGCCUGUGUUAAUGAUCGGAGACAACGCCAAGACCGUUGUUUUGUAGAGGAUGAUACCACGAGCAGACUAAUCUUGAAGACAGGGGUAUAGUCUGAUAUGAAUGGUAGAUUUGUUGUUGUUGUUGUUGUUGUUGUUAUAUUUAACGCCAGGCCGUUCCUGUGUAGGACAAAGGGCGCCUGGGGUUGCGGGCUUCCGCCUAAGUAAGUACAAAAGUAGAUACAGUCCCUCU